AUGCCUCAAGAAGAUGACGGGGACAGGCCCAUGAGUAAACCGCAGGAUCCAAUUUGGACCAUCUUGCCCUCUUACUACAUGUACCACUCGACUUUCACGGACCCAGAGUAUCCUGAGUCAGACGGCGCCAGUCGGGUGGUUUCUUCCCAUCUCUCCAGUGAGAUCCACACUGAACCAACAACUGUUUCUCAGAUGAGCAGAAGCCGCGACGUGGCGCUGUUGUCGCUGGGCGAGGGCAGUUUCAUUGUCGCUGAUGAGUCCAGCAGCUCUUGGAGAGAGACCAUUUUGGAUAACUACGCACACUUACGUAACUUGACCGACAGUAAUAAUGAAAUGACCCAGGCAGUUCAAUUGUCCGUGCACUUCACCAAGGACGUCGGUGAGCGUGGCGUUAAGCCUGAGAUCAUUGACCCAUCCUUAUACGAGUAUAAGCAGGGCGACUAUUUGAACGGCUUCAUUUACUUCAAGAAUGAAGGAUCGCAGCCCAUCCCCUUCGACAUGUUCUAUGUGAAUUUCGAUGGUAACUUUAUUGUCUCAGAUGCUAAAAAUGUAAAGGGACGGCCAGUGAAGAUCAGACGUUUCUUAGAGAUGUACGAUUUUGCCGCCUCAUGGAAUCCAGCUUCUGUGAACCGAUUGUUUUCUGAAAAAGAAGAUACCAACUAUCGCGAGCAGCUUGUUGAUCCCCUUGACGGCUCCCACUUGGCCAUUGGACCUGAAAAAUUGCUCCACCCUGGUAUUCUUUACAAGAGAUUCUUCACAUUUAAGAUUCCCACCAGGCUAUUAGACUCGGAGUGUAACGACCACAAUCUUCCCGGACACACCGAGCUCCCACCUACGUUGGGUCUCUGCCCAGCUGAAAAGAAUCAGUGGAAAGAGAAUGACGACAAGAUCAAUGACUUCUCUUUUAUUGAUACCUCGAUCAGUCACGGCUUAUGGGCAAGAUUCAUUGGUAAAGCGUCCAAGUAUGAUGCCAUUCAGACCGACUCCAAGGGAUUCAAAUUGAUAAACGCCUCCGGUGAUGAGUUCGUCAUUUUGAAGGAAGCGGGUUCAUUUAUUCGUAUCUUACAGGAGACGAAAAUCCCCAGUGAUAGGGAAAAGGAAACUAGUAAUGAGAUUACCAGAGUCAUGUACAACAGCUUCGUUAGUCAAAUCAAGGAGCGGAUAGCUGUGGGCAAUGAAUUGUGCAAAGUCAUUCAACAUUUGGACAACGGCAAUACUGCGGUUGACUUAUCCCAUGCAAUUGCAGCGGAAGAAGCCGUUCGGAAGGAAACUAAUGACGACUCGACAAAGCUGAGACAGCUCUUUUCAAGAACAUCAUCUUCCCGUGACGUCAAAGUCGACUCUACUGUCCCCAAAAAUUAUAGUGUCGUGAUACCCUUCCGUAAAAAGCCUCUCUUUGGCAGGCCCAAAGAGCAGGGUUCGAUUUUGCUCACUACUCCCAAAAUCGACUAUCUCCUCAGUUAUAUUUCCCCAAAGCGAUUCCGUACCAGAGGUCCAAUUGAUCCUUCGUCUUGGAAGUUGGAGGUUCCUCUUGAACUUACUUAUACUCCGUGUGGAAUCUCAGAUGACCCCAGCAUGAAGGCCCCAGAGAUUCUAUCUGUCUUUGGUGAGUUGAUCGUAUUCACUCUCAAAUCAAACAACCGACCAAUUCCCAUCGAGUUAAACCACGAGUUUCUUUUCAAAAAUGUUUCCAAGACAGAUAGUGGUCAGCAAUCUUAUGAUGACUUCACUCAUAUUGUGAAGCGGCCUAUGCAGCAGUAUGCAACUGAAUUGUACCACUUGUUCAAGACUUUAGGAACCGACAAUUUCAGAGUGCAGAAGUCCAUGGUUGAAGAUCUUGCAGCUAUGUCAAGAGUUGAUGAAAAGUACAAUAGGCUAGUUCUUAAUGAGCUAGAAACCGUGGAUGAAUCUGGUAAGAGUAUUUUUGGUAAGGAGGGCAAUAAGACUCCUUGGCAGAAGCAAGAAAAUGGAGUGUUUAAGAGAACCUUGUCCCUCAAAAUUGAUGUCACAAAGGCUCAGAAGAUGCUGGUGGAUAAUCACCUGCUCUCCAAAGAAUAUAAGGCAUACGAUGAGUUCACUUUGGUUCCGUCAUUUCAAACUUGCCUCAUGUCCAGGCUAUACUACUUCCGUUUCGUCAUUCGCUUUACCGGGAACCAAUGUAUGGAAUUUAAGGUCCCAGUAACAAUUGCCAAGGCUGCAACUUAA